AUGAAGGUCGAAGCCUAAACAAAAGAGGAGCGGUUUUAUUUGAUAGGUUAAAAGAAAAUGAGAGAAACUCCAAUAUGGUUGUGGUAUCGAUGUAAGUAAGUUAAUUUUAGUUAUUGAUUACCUCGUGAGUUUGAGGGGUAUUUCAAUUGCAUUUUUAAUGUCUAUCAUAUGAUACUGAUCCUUUUUAUAAUUAUUUAAGAAAUUUUUUGAAAGGAUUAAUACAUAGAAUGUAAUAAAAUGAUAAUCUUUUUGAUUGGCAAGAAAUAAUAAAGAAGGAGGAAGCAACUAAAAAAGUUCGAAUACAAAGAUAAAAUUAGAUGCUUAAACUUAAUAACUCAAACCAAUUGAAUCUGAGGAUGGAUAAGAUAGUCCUUAAGUGGCUAUGAUGUAAUCUAAGGAUUCUAAGAAAAGCUCAUCAAAUUUUCUUAAAAGAAGUAUCAUUGAUCAAUUUAAUUUCUAAGAAAAAUAAAGUAUUAAUGAAAGAAAUAAUAUCAAACUUUUAAUUUCNUGAAACUGUUAAAGAAGGAACUUUAUCAGCCUGGAACUUUUUAAAGACUAAAUUCAAUGAUUUACAGAAAAAGGAUCCAUAACCAGAGCAAUUUGAGAUUUUAGAACAACCCAAGAAUGAAUGA